AUGAUCGUUACUAAAGUGACAAAGCUGGAACCUCUACCCCUACGAAAGGCAUGGAUGAAUGACAUUACUCAAGCCGUCGCUUUCCUUGAAUCGCUCAAUCUCGCUCAUGGUGACCUACGACCCGAAAAUAUAUUGAUUGAUCGUAAUCAACUGAAACUGUCUGAUUUUGAUUGUACGGCGGAGAUCGGGACUUACUUCAAAGCUUGCAUGGCCCCAUAUGGAAGAAUACUCAACAACGAAGAGCCGAAUGAAGGACGACGUGGGGCUUCCGGCUUCCUAGGUCCUCGAACGGAGCAAUUCGCCCUCGGUUCCUUGUAUUACUUGAUAAAUUACGGCUUUGAGGUUUAUGGAGAUCGAUGCCUUACUGAGGAUCCUAAGGAGCAUGGUCCUAAGGUUGUGGAGUUACUGCAGAACAUGGAAUUUCCGAAGUUAGAUGGAGACCCGCUAAUUGACGAUGUCAUCGACAAAUGUUGGCACAAUAAGUAUGCCACGAUUGCGGAAUUGGCCGCAUAUAUGGAGACGCUCCUCCCUGGAGAAGCCAACAGGAAAGAGAGCAACGCCGGAACAAUCCCCAACCCCAACAGCGAGGCAACCAGUCCUGAGAGAGUCAAUACCGGAAAACCGAAUGGCUGGAGCAAUGACAUGGAAAGCCACCUGGCAGACAAUUUUUCCUCGAAAAAAGCAUACUGUCAGGACCUGGAGAAGCGAGGACUUCUUCGUGUGCUUUAA